UUUUCAAAGUCUUCAUGAAUGAAGGCAACAUAACUUGAAAUUAAUGUAAAAUGUUACUGAUUUUUAGUUUAAUUUAAUUUUUUUUGUUUGUUUGUACAUCCUGUUUUUUUCCUUCCUCUUGUUUACCAUCAGUUUUGAAGUGUAGCCCAUGACAAUUUUGGAAAAAUUAAGUUCUGAAAGAGUGAAAAGAGCAAACCCUUUUUGUUGUCUGUUUGAUCCAAAGAGAAAAAAGAAGUGAAGUUCAUCUGCCAUCCUGGGUUGUUUUUUUCGUCAGCCUGAGAAAACUGUGUGUGUAUCAUACACUACCUUCUGUGCAUCUUAUAAAGCCGAUUGAUUAGUAUUCUUUUUAGCCAUGAUAAAACCAAAUUUAACUUAUAAAAUAAGGCGUAAAGCUGUUGCCCAUUUUGAUGUUCAAAGUAUCACAGCCAAUCUGAAUAGUCCUGUGGUGGUUUCUCAAAAGAAUACCAUUACAGGUGCUUCAGCGGCUAGUAAAAAUACAUGUGUUGACCAAGGAGAUGGAAAAUCAAAUUCUCUUGUUAUGAGUUGUCCUUGUUUUCGAAAUGAGAUUGGUACCGAAAAAGAAGUAGCCAUAGUUUUAAAUCGAUUAACAGCAUCCCAAAAUCAAGCUCAGACCGAUGAUUCUCUUAUCAUCCAUUGUCCGUCCAUGGCCUCUGGUCUUUCUCUAUUGGAAGAUUGUUCCGCCCGAUGGAAAAUAAAUGUUUGCCCAUACCAAAAGAUGCUCAGUUCUUCUACUAAUAUUAACAACGGUGCAGAACAAAAUAAGUGUUUUAUAAUUGAAAAUUGUGAUAUAGGUGCAUCCUACUACCGGAUACAUUUCUACGGUUUAGAGCAUCAAAACUGGUUUGGCAUUGAUGAUAAUCUUGGUCCUAUUGCUAUCAGCAUCAGGAAAGAGAGAGUCAACAGUCCAAAGCCCUCCAUUAACAAUAGUACCAACAACGGCAACGGCAAUGGCAAUGGCCUUUACUCGGGUAUUUCUACUGGUACAUCAAACACCCCCGCCAACUCUAGUAACAACAACAAUAAUAACAUUAAUAGUAACAACAAUAACAACAGCAGUAAUAAUAUGGUUAAUGGUCAAACAAAUGGUCAAGUCAAUGUAGCAUCCUCAAAUUCAUCUAGCUCAUCUUCAUCAGGUUCUGUCCCUAACAAUCGAAUUAAACACCAAUAUCGAAUAAUCAUAAGAACAAGUCAACUAUCUGUCCUUCGAGGAGCUGUGUAUGAGGAUUACAUUCCAGCCUUAGCUUCCUCAAGGCAUACUAAUCACAACAACCACCACGCUAAAGAAGUUCUUGAGUAUAUAGCUCCUGAGCUUAAUUUAAAUGCACUUCGUUUAGGUGUAUCCAAUGCCGAUGAACAGUUGCUCAAGCUUGAUGAACAAGUCAUCACUCGAACCUACAAAGUAGGUGUCUUAUAUUGUAAAGCUGGUCAAGGAACCGAAGAAGAAAUGUACAAUAAUGAAAGUUCAAGUCCCCAAUUUGAAGAAUUCCUUUCCUGCCUCGGUGAACAAGUUAGAUUAAAAGGUUUUGACAAGUAUCGAGCCGGAUUAGAUAAUAAAACGGACACCACUGGACUUUACUCAAUUUAUGCCAACUAUAAUGAUUGUGAGAUAAUGUUUCACGUUUCAACGCUCCUGCCUUAUACACCCAACAAUAAACAGCAGCUUUUGAGGAAAAGGCAUAUUGGAAAUGAUAUUGUUACUAUUGUUUUUCAAGAACCUGGGGCCCUACCCUUUACACCUAGAAGCAUUCGGUCGCAUUUUCAACAUGUUUUUAUUAUUGUUAGAGUUUUACCACCAGAGUCUGGUGGAAAUAGAGAAAGUGAUGAUGGAGAGACCGGAGCUGGAACCAAUGGUAACAAUUUUGAGAAUAAUAAUGGUACUGGUGUUACCAGGUAUGCAGUUGCUGUUACUCGAUCUAAAGAAGUUCCCGUGUUUGGUCCACCAAUACCUGACAAAGGAAUAUUUUUAAGGAGCAAAGAAUUUACAGAAUUUCUUCUGGCAAAGAUUAUUAAUGGUGAAAAUGCAGCACACAAAAGUGAAAAGUUUAGUAGCAUGGCUCAGCGAACUCGACAUGGUUAUUUAAAAGAUUUAGCUACAAAUUAUGUCACCAAUACAACUUUAAGUGAUAUUAGCUGUGGAAAUAGUGCUUCCGCUAAAUUGGUAUCAACUAUUUUUGGUUCUAGUAAGAGGCGAGGUUCCCAUCGAGUAAAAGAUUGGCAAUUUAUUGGUGAUCCAUUUAUAAGAGGAGCGAUUGUUUGGGAAGUUACAGUCAAUGAUUAUGGACAAUCUAAAUUAGUUGAUUGUUUCGUUGGUAUUUCAGGUGACACUACUAUCAUCAUUGAAGAAGCAACCAAACAAACUCUUUUUGCUUGUCCCAAUAUCUCAAUUCUUGGCUGGGAUGCAUCACAUUCAAAUUACAUCGAAAUUUUUUGUCAUCAAGGUGAAUGUAUCCGGUUAAAUUGUAAAGAUCAAGGAUUGGAUUUGGAUGAAAUUAGUGAAAUAAAAACUCGCUUAGCAUCAGUGACCAAUGGUUGUCAAACAAAAGAAUUGAUCUUGAAAAGAAAUAAUCAGGGUCAAUUAGGCUUCCACAUUGAGCCCGAUGGAAUUGUCACAGAUGUUGAAAAGUUUGCUUUUGCCUGGAAUGCUGGCCUCAGGCCAAAUUGUCGUAUCGUUAAGAUUUGUGAAGUUGUGACUGCCACUCUUAACUAUACUGAUAUGAUAGAUUAUCUCAAAACAUCAUCAACUGUUAAAAUAACAAUUCUAGAUCCAAAUGCAGAUGGAUCGCCUAAAAGAGGCUGUAACCUUCCUAAAUGUCCUUAUCUGAGUUUCAUGGCUGGAGGAAGCUCCAACAACAAUAAUAAUAAUAACAACAUAAAUAAUAGUUUAGGAAGGGAUUCCCAUUUAGCUUCACAACCCACCAGUAGCCUUAACUCUGUAAACCAUGGAAGUGAUUAUGAAAAUAUCGGAAUCAUGAUUGAACCAAAAAAAUAUCACUUUUCUACGGAUUUCAAGAAUGGCCUUCUUCAUAGAUUUCAAUAUACUGGAACAACAGCAUCAGCUGCUGCUGCUUCCGUAGCCAACAAGAAUAUCGGUCUACCUCUCGGAAAUUACCCGACACCUUUUGCAUCAAGUCAUUCAAGUAAAAGCCUUACUGUUUCACCGGAAAAAGAAAAAGAUAUUUCCAAAUUAACCCCUUCAUCGUCAUCAUCUAAUAUUUACUCUAAUCUGGGUAGCUCCCAACUUCAUUUUACAUCAUCAUCGUUUGUCUCUGGGUUAACUCGCUUCACAAAUUCAAAGCGGGAACCUUUACGACCAAAGUCAACAACCAACGAAUGCACAUCAUCACCAUCACCAGGUUCAUCUUCAUCAACAACAUCCACUGCAUUUAUUGGUAACACCACUAACAAUAAUAGCGCCAAACAAACCUUACCUGGUUCAUCUAGCAUCACUAUGUCACCACCUACUAUACCAAAAGGUUUAUCAAAAGAUCAUAUUGUUUUACAUCAUCUUGGAAAUGUGAUGCUUUCUCGAAGUGAAUUAUGCUUGGCCAGUAAAAACUGUGGCCCAAUACCCAAUAUUAAACCAACUUCAAGCCCAACUAACCAAAGUAUGACUCUCACCAAUAAUAUAAUACAACCUUUGUCAUCAUCAUCAUCUUCAUCAUCGUCAUCCCAUACUCGAUCUCAUUCUCAUCAUUUUACCAAAUUAGGAGCCUCAUCAGCUUUAGGUUUACCUUAUACUCAUUCUCCUAAUGCAAGUUUAAAUAGAACUGGAAGUGUCCUCAAGCACCUCGGGUCAUCGUCAGCAGUUGAGGCUCUUUCUGCUGUUAGUCCAUCUCCAUCAGAAUGGUCUAAUAGUGCUUGGUCUUCUCCUCGUAUCGGCAGAAGAACGUUUGAGCCUCCUUCGUCACGCACAACCACAACCUCUUCAACUGUAGGAGGAUUAGGAGGAAGCUCACAGGCAUCUGGAGGAUCUAAUCUCUCAUCAAGUAGCAACAACAAUAAUAUUACAUCCUAUUCAAAUGCUGCAUCCUCACGCGAGAUAUUUGUUAAUAAUCGUGGUAAACCUGUUCUAUCAACAAAUCAACAUCUAUCAUCUUCAUCUUCUUCCUCGACCAAAUAUUCUAAUGCAAGAUCUAAUUCCCUCACCGAUCGAAUCAAAAUUCGUAGUGGUUCUCAUAAAAGUAGUGGAAGUAGCUGUAGUGGCAGCUCAACAUCCACAACUCUCCAAGAAGAUUUGUUAAAAUUAAUUAGUCCAGACUUUUUGGUGCAAAGCAAUACCGGUGAUUGUGAGUCUAAUGAUAAUACUUCAGGUGGAGAAACAAGUACAAGUCAAUAUUCGACACCUUAUUCGUCCCUCGAACGUUCGAGUACCAAAGAGAUGCCUUGCAAAGACGUUGAUCAAGUUAUAUUAACUGUUGCACAACCUGCUCAAGUGAUCUUCUCUCAGCCAUCUUCACCUACUGAUUUUUCCAAAAGUGAUAGUGGAGUAUAUGGAGGAAGUGGUAGCGUAUGUAAAGGUAACGAGCCAACUGGAAACAAAGAAUCUUCUCCGUCAAGAUCAAGUUCUGUUCUUUCUCGAUCUGUGACAAUUGGUAGCCUUCCUCUGUCACGAUCAUCACCUUCCUCAUCUUCAACUGGUGAUAAAAUGUUAAGUAGUUUAAACUCUUCAUCCUCACCGGAGGAAGAUGUAAGCAUCGACUGGCCAACCCUAGUCGAAACAGCAACCAAAGCAAUGGCAAUUAAUGACACCAAUAGCACUGGAAGUGGUGAUGGUAUUUCUGCCAAAAGUGACAAUGCCCUAGACCAUUGGCUUCGUGAAUUUGGAGCUAAUGGAAACUCUGCCACUAAUGGGCAUCUAUCUGGCCUACAAAGGUCAGGAGAGAAUCUAAAAGAGUUGGAAGAGACCGUAAAAAAGCUGCAAUAUGACCUUGUAAAAGAGCAAUCUGAUAAAGCUAAACUUGCUGAACUUGUCAAAUCAUUGGAGAAAGAAAACUCAAGGCUUCAAGAGGAACAAAAAACUGCUAUAUUACAGCUGAAAACCCUCACCGAUUUCUUUUUUCAUCGAUAGGACAAAGUUUAUUAGGAUAUGCUGUUUGGCUACAUUUUUUAUUUCUAUUAUCAUCGCCAAAUGAUAUUUGGAAAGUACUCAUGAUUGUAUAUAUAAAAUGAUUACCAAAAUUUGCCUCAACUCACCUUCAUCACUUGAACGCUUUACUCCCUGCAUUCAGUUCAUUCUCCUUAUUUCUUUCUACGUCAUCAUUCAUCAGCAUAAACAAAAUUAACAUGACACUUCACCAAAAAUUGGCAAUCGUCAAUCCAUUCUUUCAACUUUAAUCCUAAAUUAAACUAUCAGACCCACCAAAAAGGCCUUAGAAACCAUCAAAAGCACUACUGACCACUACAUCAUCAUCGUCAUCAUCAUUAUUAUUAUUUCCUUAUUCAUCAAUAUCAACUACGUUGAAGCUUCAAUCUUUAAAUCUUUAAGAAAAAAAAGCCUUGAAAGUGAAAAAAAAACAUUAUUUUUGUUUGUUUGUUUGAAACAGAGAGAAUAGAGUAGAAUUGUUAUGUUUUAUUGUGGAUUCUUCGUGUAAAUCGAGAACACAUCAUGUGUUGUUAGCAUACAAGCAAAUUCAAUUGUAGAGAUGCAUGUUAGGUUUUUGUCAAUGGAACGCAUAUUUCAAACGCAUAUGGUAAAGCUGUUGCUUAUUCUAAUGUUCAAAGUAUUGAAACUACAAUGAUCCGGUGGUGGUAUGAGUCAAAGUAAAUUUUCCGAUCAAAAGAGAUGGAAAAAUCAAAUUCUCUUGUUAUGAGUUGUCCUUGUUUUCGAAAUGAGAUUGGUACCGAAAAAGAAGUAGCCAUAGUUUUAAAUCGAUUAACAGCAUCCCAAAAUCAAGCUCAGACCGAUGAUUCUCUUAUCAUCCAUUGUCCGUCCAUGGCCUCUGGUCUUUCUCUAUUGGAAGAUUGUUCCGCCCGAUGGAAAAUAAAUGUUUGCCCAUACCAAAAGAUGCUCAGUUCUUCUACUAAUAUUAACAACGGUGCAGAACAAAAUAAGUGUUUUAUAAUUGAAAAUUGUGAUAUAGGUGCAUCCUACAAUCGAAUACAUUUCUACAGUUUCAAAGCAUCCAACUAAUAAUUUACGAUUGGAAUUUUCUUAGACAAAAAAAGUCCAGGAUACGUAUCGUUAUCAAUCACUACAAAGAUUAUUUACAAUCGUACAUAUUGUGCUCAUCUUUUGCUAAUGAACAUGGAUUUUAUCGAUAAAUUAUUUACCGCCUAACACCAAUGUUGUUACUCAUGACCACUGCUGAUAUUUGUCAAGUUAGUUUCAAAAAUUUAGCCGCGACAAAGCAUCUUUUUAUAUCAAACUUCGUUAUGUUUUUGCGAGCUUGAUUGAAUCGCAUAUCGAAUGUUAAUGGACUCAACUCAUGCUAAUUAUUUGAUUUUGAAAUAAGUGUAAACGCUCCUCCUUUCGCUCCAACUAUUUUUAUACACCCAACAAGCAACAGUUUUUAUGGAAGAGCAGAAAUAUUGUCUUCACUUCAUGAUCUGAUGCUCUCUACCUUUUAAUACCUAUCUACGGAAGCAGUUCAUCGCAUUCUCAUAAUGAAUUUAUCAUUGUUGAAACUUUUUUGGUAAAUAAGUGGACCGACAAUCUUAAUUGAUUUGAUACAUAGGAAAGAAUGAAUUGACAAAAAAAAUGUUUGUUUUCAUCAUUUUCUUAAACAGAAAUAUUCAUUAUUUACUGCUAAAUUAUUCUUAAUGAUGCUAAUCACCAACAAAGAAAAGGAACACGAAUCAUCGACAAUCUCAAAACAGAAAUGAAAAAUUAUUGUAACUUAAUUGAAAAUUUUGAUAUCCCCUUUUAUCCAUUUGAUUAUUAAGAUAAAUAAAAUAUUAACACCUCCAUUA